CCGCCCCGCGCCGCCGCCGCUGCCGCCGUCUCCUCCGCGCCGCCGCCGCCGCCGCGUCUCCAAGAUGCCCGGGCAGCGGCGGGGAGGCUGCUGCAGCCCGCCGGUACCGGACCGCCUUCCCUGGUUUUUGAUGCUGAAUCAGGAUAGUUUUAACUAAAGAUGGAAACACUGGAGUCAGAAUUGACCUGCCCAAUCUGCCUGGAGUUAUUCGAAGACCCUCUCUUGCUGCCGUGCGCCCACAGCCUCUGUUUCAGCUGCGCCCACCGCAUCCUGGUGUCCAGCUGCUCCUCCAGUGAGUCCAUCGAGCCUAUCACCGCCUUCCAGUGCCCCACGUGCCGCUAUGUCAUCUCCCUCAACCACCGGGGCUUGGAGGGUCUCAAGAGGAAUGUGACCCUGCAAAACAUCAUUGACCGCUUCCAGAAGGCAUCCCUGAGCAGCCCCAACUCCCCCAGUGAGAGCCGCCGUGAGAGGACGUACCGCAACAGCCCUACCAUGUCUGUGGCCGGCGAGAGGAUCGCCUGCCAGUUCUGUGAGCAGGAUCCCCCGCGGGAUGCCGUGAAGACGUGCAUCACCUGCGAGGUGUCCUACUGUGACCGCUGCCUGCGGGCCACCCAUCCCAACAAGAAGCCCUUCACCAGCCACCGUCUGGUGGAGCCUGUGCCUGAUGCGCACUUCCGAGGACUCACAUGUUUGGAGCAUGAGAAUGAGAAGGUGAACAUGUACUGUGUUGCUGAUGACCAGCUCAUCUGUGCCUUAUGUAAACUGGUGGGCCGCCACCGGGACCACCAAGUGGCAUCCCUCAGCGAUCGCUUUGAAAAGCUGAAGCAAACCUUGGAGACGAAUCUCACUAACCUGGUUAAACGCAACAGCGAACUGGAAAACCAGAUGGCCAAGCUGAUCCAGAUCUGCCAGCAAGUGGAGGUGAACACAGCCAUGCAUGAGGCUAAGCUGAUGGAGGAGUGUGAUGAGCUCAUGGAGAUCAUCCGCCAGCGCAAGCAGGUCAUUGCUGUCAAGAUCAAGGAGACGAAGGUGAUGAAGCUGCGGAAGCUAGCCCAGCAGGUCGCUAACUGCCGGCAGUGUCUCGAGCGCUCGACAGUCCUCAUCAACCAGGCAGAGCAUAUCCUGAAGGAGAAUGACCACGCACGGUUCCUGCAGACAGCCAGAAAUGUGGCCGAGAGGGUCGCCAUGGCAACUGCAUCCUCUCAAGUUCUGAUACCAGAUAUCAAUUUUAAUGAUGCCUUUGAAAACUUUGCUUUAGAUUUUUCAAGAGAGAAGAAGCUGCUGGAGGGGCUGGAUUAUCUAACCGCGCCAAACCCGCCAUCUGUCCGAGAGGAGCUCUGCACAGCUUCCCACGAUACAAUCACUGUCCACUGGAUCUCAGAGGACGAGUUCAGCGUCAGCUCCUAUGAGCUGCAGUACACCAUCUUCACCGGCCAAGCCAACUUCAUCAGCCUCUACAACUCCAUGGACAGCUGGAUGAUUGUCCCCAACAUCAAGCAGAACCAUUACACUGUCCAUGGGCUCCAGAGCGGCACCCGCUACAUCUUCCUUGUCAAGGCCAUAAACCAGGCGGGCAGCCGGAACAGCGAGCCCGCCAGGCUCAAGACAAACAGUCAGCCUUUUAAGCUGGACCCCAAGAUGGCUCACAAGAAGUUGAAAAUCUCCAAUGACGGGCUGCAGAUGGAGAAGGAUGAGAGCUCCUUGAAGAAGAGCCACACGCCGGAGAGGUUCAGUGGGACAGGAUGCUACGGGGCGGCAGGCAACGUCUUCAUUGACAGUGGCUGCCACUACUGGGAGGUGGUGGUGGGAUCCUCAACCUGGUAUGCCAUCGGCGUGGCUUACAAGUCGGCCCCCAAGAACGAGUGGAUCGGGAAGAACUCCUCAUCUUGGGUCUUCUCCCGCUGCAACAACAACUUCAUGGUAAGGCACAACAACAAGGAGAUGCUGGUGGAGGUCCACCCGCAGAUGAAGCGCCUCGGUGUCCUCCUGGAUUACGACAACAACGCGCUCUCCUUCUACGACCCAGCCAACUCUCUCCACCUCCACACGUUCGAAGUCUCCUUCAUCCUACCAGUGUGUCCGACCUUCACCAUCUGGAACAAAUCCUUGAUGAUCCUCUCGGGUCUACCCGCCCCGGACUUCAUAGAUUACCCAGAGCAACAGGAGUGUAACUGCAGGCCCCAGGAGUCCCCAUACGUAUCAGGGAUGAAAGCCUGUCACUAGGCGUCCCUAGCCCUGCCUGUGCCCCGCGGUGGCACCAGCGAUGCUGGUGGGUGCCGGCGUUCGGAGCCAGCCUCCAGGAGCCUGCUUGGCAGUCAUGCCGGAGAGCCGCUGUGCAGCUGUAACACUCCCAGCAAGCGAGCGCCUUCCUACAUGCAGCUCAAUUAUUUUUUUUUAAGGGGAAAAAGGAAGAACCUCUGACCACGGCUAAAAAUAAACUCCCAUCAGUGAGCGCCGCUUGUGAGUGCAGCUUGUGCAACUCCUUGGUGGUGUGCUCCCAUCUCUCCCAAAGCAGAUUGUCACCUGGAUGGUUUUGUCUUCCCUUGGGUGCUGGAAAGGCUGGGGUGGGUUUUCAGGUGCUGCUCUGGGCAGGGGGAUGUCUCUUGUGUCCCCGCGAGGCGCAGGUUGGAACAGGAGGGAUUGGCUUUCUGGAGCCCGUUGCUAGCUUGUCUCGAGAGCCAGGUGGGUCCUGAGCAUCAUUUUCUGGGGAGGACUUUCUGUCUGGCUGAAGUCCGGCAGCUGCUCUGGUGUGGUAGAUAACCACAUGGACCCCUCAUGUUUGCUGAGCACUGGUGUUGGUUAUGUGGUGGAUGGUCUGCGAGGGUAGUGCUGAGGAUGGUCCUGCUGCCCCCCCAGCCAUGUGCAUGCUGCUGCUGGCUGUGUCCCCUGCACUUAGCUGGGUUUGCAGUCCCACGCUGGAGGGCAGCCAGCCAUGGACACCCACCCUGCCAUGUCUCCUCCUUUGGGAGCUCAGCAGGAGUCAGGGAGGUCCCCACCAUUAAGGAGCCAGCCAAGGAGUGUCUCACCCCAGCACGGAGGUUUGGCAGUUGUUCCUUCCUGACGCGGGGUUGGGCCAGCUGUGUCCCACCAUGUGCAGUUCUGCAUGGAGCUUCUCUAUUAGCUCGCAUCUGGUGUCCCUGCAGAAAAAACACAUCUCCCCAUGCUGAGCAGAUGGUCACAUCCUGCCCAAAGACCAUCUCUGUGCUUUAUGACCCAAAAUCUCAAUUUAUGACGCCAGAUUUUGGCUCUUGGUUUGUUCUCCACCACAGUGGCAUGAGUGUGGAGCCAUCCUGUUUGCUGUGUGGCAAAGGACUGAAUCCAUCAUGAGGGCUCCAGCCCCUGGUUACUGGGAGAUCUUUGGCUGCCACCAGUGCUCCCAGUAGCCACAAGCACCAAGUCCCCUGGCCAAGCCUCAGUUUCCACAUUUGCUUAAAAGCCAGGAGGAACUGGGCCAGGUGCACCAGUCCCUGCACUGCAGGGAGAAAAAGUCCAGCGUGGGUACCUGCAGCCAGGGUCCAUGGCACGAUUUGGGGCAGGUGGGCUGACAUCUCGCCUGUGGCAGGUGGCACGGCGUGGUGGGGAUGCCAGGGGGAGCGAGCAUCAUCGAGCAGGUUGGGCAGUGUGACGGCCCAAGAUGAGCUGGUACUUGCCUUUGUUCUGUGGUGUUGGAAAAUCCCUUUUUCUCCUCUGGAUGUGGUGCUGUCAGGUGCCUCGGUGGCAUCACACGGGGACUGUCAGGUUGAGACCUCCGAGCUCUACCAGCCUUUUCCUUUCUUUUUUCAGACUUUGCUUAUAGGGAACUACCUCAAAGCCCAGCCUCAGAGGGGUAGGUGGCUGAUGCAGACAGGGUGACGGCACUUCAAGGCUUGUCCCAUGAGGGCUGUGGGAGAGUCUGGUGGAACUCGGUGGGAGCCAGUUGGCCCUGUCCAAAAGUGGGUGCUCCCCACCAGCAGCCUGGCCAGGGGGACACUUGUCAUUGUCUGGUAGUGGCAGCUGACAGGCAGUAGCUCUGUUCAGGGAGACUGUAUAAAAAGAGCCUGUUUCUCAGCACAGCAGCCCUCUGCUUUACCUGGUUGACACUUUUGGUGACUGGUUGCCUGACGCUGUGGGACAGGAAGCGGGUGUCACCUGCAGGGAAGGGAUCUGCCACCUGCACUGCCAAGCCAAGGGUGAUUUUGCCUCUGAUCCAGGCUGCUGACCAUGGUGCCUGGUAGGGGCUGAUGGCCCGCAGUACAUCCCUCCCAAGCAGAGAUAGCAGGUUUAUCUGCUUCUUCUGCCCCCCUGCAUGAGAGAGCACCAGGUGGGGAUGCAGCAACAUCACGCCUGCCAUUCCCAACCGCUAAGCACACAGCCACAAUUAAUUUUAAGAGGAUAAGCUGCCAUUUUCAGUUGGAUGUUUUUUCAAAGGCACAGUGGGCUAUCAUGAAAGUCCUUUCCCGGUGUGCUGGUCCCAUCCAGGGCUGCUGAUAAUACGCCAACCUCAAACAAAUCCCCAAGCACUGGAGAUGGAUUUUAGUGUUUGCAAUCCAGGUGCCAAGCUUUCCGCUGGCACCAGCACUGCUUUGACUGGCUUAUUGCUAGAGGACUCAGUGCAUCCAUUAACUCAGAGCACACGAGCCAUUAAUGUGACAUUUGCACCUGAUGAAAUUGCACUAAUUACAGGGGGGAUCCCCCCCUUCCCCGCCACCCAUGUCUCGUACCCGGGCCAGGCAGGAGGACGAAGUGAGGGGAGCCCUGCUCCCUGAGCAGACAGUGCUGGCACUGGGAGCCCUUCCCGAGUCACCCAUGUUUUCCUCUCCUGGUUUUGGAAAAGCAAAACCCACGCAGGCGUUAGGAGGAGGGUGGGAGGACCAGCCCCAUCCCUGGUCCCUGCUCCUAGAACGAUGCUGCCCCGCGGCUUUGCAGCCUUUGCCCCCGGCCCAUGAGCGAGCGAUCCCAUCGGUUAAAGCCACCUUGGGGGUGAUGACACAGCAGUAGUUCCAGCCAAUGCGAGCCCCUUCAGGCCCUGCCCCCAGGGUUAUGAAUGAGCGCCUUUCCCACAGCCCCUGCGUGGGGGCAGGACACGGGUGGAGGGGCUAUGCUGGCUUAUCUGCUCCUGGUGACUCCGCUGUAUAGACUGGGAUGUGGUGAACUCUUCCAUAUGUAACAUACUUGUUUCAGUUUUGUUUUGGGGGAGGGUUGUUUGUCCUGUUACAUUUUUUCCCUUUUUUUGUUGGGGUUUUUUUUUUUUUGCAACUUCUUUGUUAAUGUGUAUAUAUAUAUAUAUAUAUAUAUAUAUAAAAAA